AUGACCACUCAAUUCUUCUCGCUUCCUGAUGGGCAGGGGUGUCGGAUGGCGUAUCGCGUGUGUACGCCUUCGUCCGCCGAGGCACGUGCGCGCACGCCGCUGUUCCUCAUCAACGGUCUCUCCGCCGUCAUGGUUGACUGGACACCGCUCUUUCAGGCGCUGGGUGCUUCUCGCACCGUGGUCAUCUCGGACCACCGCGGAAUUGGCGAAUCGACAGUCGGCGAAGAAUGGGAUCAGGACCUGUCGCUUGAAAGCAUGGGGAUGGAUGUCAUCCACCUUGCGGCCCAUUUGGGAUUCACCACCAUCGACCUGCUCGGCUUCUCAAUGGGUGGCCAUAUCGUCCAGGCUUUGCUUUCGUCCGACGAUGCGAAAGUUCAAGACGGCAUGGUGAAGUUGGAGAAUGUGGCGGUGAGAAAGGCGGUUCUCAGCGCAACGAUGACCAAGCUGCCAAGGGGGGAUGUGAAUCUCAAUGCGCUCAAUAAGGAGGCAGAAAAGAUCGCCGAUAAGACGGAGCGGGACUAUUUCAUCACGUUCAAUAUGAUGAAGGUGCAGUAUCAUGACGAGGUGCUGGGGGAGGGAAAGGAGAUGGAGACCAAGUUUAGACAAAGGCUCGAAACGGUUCGUGGGACCAAGCGACCUGCGCAUACAAUUGCACUCCAGUUUCUGGCGAUUCAGGCUGCCGAUGUGAGGGAAAACCUCCACCGCAUUCCAGCCUCCCUCCCCGUGCUCGUCAUCCACGGCGCAAGGGACAGAAUGGUUCUACACGGCGAAAGCGAUUACAUCCUCAAGGGAAUCAAGCACGCAAAGCGACUUUCGACACCCAGCCCCGAAUUCGGCCACUUUUGGUACGACUACUUUGACAUCCACUUUUGGUCCAACGCCAUCACCCACUUCCUCGACACGCCUGCCCAAGCCAAACUCUAG